AGACGUAUGAAAACGUUUUUACUACUGCAAGAAGAGCAAGAAAUGGGCUACUAAAUGAGUAUACGACUGUUUUUCUUGGUGAGUGGUUUAUAGCUGAUACUAUAUUUAUUUCAUCUUCACAACUAAAAUAGUGAACCAUGCAAGUAAGAGAGGAGAGAGAGAGAGAGGCCAUGGAGAUGAAUGGAAGAGAAACAGCAGAAAAUAAUGAGGAAGCUAUUACAACUACUGAUGAGCCUGAGAUUAACUACAAAGGAAUUAAGGCCAUGCCCUAUAUUAUAGGAAAUGAGACCUUUGAGAAGCUUGGAGCCAUUGGCACCAUAUCCAACCUCUUGGUUUAUCUCACCUUAGUCUUCAACAUGAAAAGCAUCACAGCUACAACUAUCAUCUACAUCUUCAAUGGCACCACCAAUUUUGCUACUUUACCAGGAGCUUUUCUCUGUGACACUUACUUUGGUCGCUACAAGACGCUCGGAUUCGCCUCAAUCGUCUCCUCUUUGGGGUUGAUUGUAAUAGCACUAACAGCGGCAAUCAAGAAUUUGCAUCCUCCUCAUUGUGGAUCAGAAGAUAAUACCAAAUGCAUCGGACCAACACCGUGGCAAUUGGCAUUUUUACUAACCGGAUUUGGAUUGAUGAUAGUAGGGGCCGGUGGCAUUCGUCCAUGUAACCUGGCGUUUGGAGCCGAUCAAUUCAAUCCGAAAACUGAAUCUGGGAAAAGGGGUAUCAAUAGCUUCUUCAAUUGGUACAUGUUCACUGUAACUUUCGCUCAGAUGGUAUCGGUCACAGUUGUCGUCUAUAUCCAAACCAAUGUGAGCUGGGCUAUAGGCUUAGCAAUUCCUGCACUUUUUAUGAUGGUGUCAUGUGUGCUCUUCUUCAUGGGUACAAAAAUAUAUGUGAAAGUGAAGCCUGAGGGUAGUCCCUUGACUAGUAUAGUGCAGGUUAUGGUGGUGGCGGUUAAGAAGAAGAGAUUAAAGCUACCAGAGCAACCAUGGCUCUCUUGUUUCAAUUAUGUGCCUCCUAAGUCUAUCAAUUCCAACCUUCCUUACACAAGUCAAUUCAGAUUCCUCAACAAAGCAACCAUAAUAGAAGAGGAUGAUCAAACCAACCCAGAUGGAUCAGCAGCCAAUCCAUGGCAACUUUGCAGUAUACAGCAAGUGGAACAAGUGAAAUGUGUGCUCAGGGUGAUCCCUAUAUGGGCUGCAGCUAUUUUGUACUUUGUUCCUAUAGUCCAACAGCAUUCAUAUGUAAUUUUCCAAGCCCUUCAAUCCAACAGACGGCUCGGUAACAGCAAUUUUAAAAUCCCAGCCGCGUCGUACCCUAUCUUUUCAAUGCUGAGCCUCACUAUCUGGGUACCCAUCUAUGAUCGGAUCCUAGUCCCGUCGCUUAGAAAGCUCACAGGUAAAGAAGGUGGCAUCACAAUCCUCCAAAGAAUGGGCAUUGGCAUAGCCCUCUCUGUACUUACAAUGAUAGUAUCUGCCCUUGUUGAAGAGAAGAGGAGGAUGUUGGCUCUCACCAGGCCAACAUUAGGAAUUCAACCGCGAAGAGGUGCCAUUUCAUCUAUGUCGGCUUUAUGGCUGAUUCCUCAGCUCACGCUAGCCGGACUGGCUGAGGCAUUCACUGCCAUUGGCCAAAUGGAGUUCUACUAUAAGCAAUUCCCAGAAAACAUGAGAAGCUUUGGUGGGUCAUUCUUCUUUUGUGGCAUGGCGGCAGGUAGCUACACGAGUAGUUUCCUGGUGUCGAUAGUUCAUCGGACAACAAAGGGUGCUGCAACCGGCAAUUGGUUGCCUGAAGAUCUUAACAAUGGGAGGUUAGAUUAUUUCUACUACCUGAUUGCUGCUCUGGGAAUCGUAAAUAUGGGCUACUUUUUAGCAUGCACUAAGUGGUACAAGUACAAAGGGACCGGAGACAAUACCAUUUCAGUGGAAAUGGAAGCAAAGAAAUUUGAUAAACCUCUUGUUUAGUUCACAAGUUUCACGUGACAUAUAAUAUUUGCAGAAGGUUGUAUUUCCCACCCUAGUUUUCAUGUUCAGAUUUAUAUGCCUUGGUAUAGCAAAUUCCUAUUUGGAUUAUAAUGACAUAUGUUCCUGACAUAUCUGAAAUAUUUGUGAUUUAUAUAAUUGGUGAAUUCAAUGUAUUAUGUUUCGAUUCAUUAUGGAA